CGUUGGUUUGUACCACGUGACCAAACACGGAAGUAGAGUCUGCCACUGCAGCAACGUUCCAUUCAGGUGGAGUGCUGGUUCUCGUUUUUGACUGUUUUCCGAGGCACUUUACAAGCACUAGCAGGUCCCGACUCAUUAUUUCUGAGCAUUUCGACGAUAAAAUUAAAAGGUGGCCAUGACUCAGGCUGAGAAAGAGCAGGACAACGGGAAGGAGAAAGAAAAGGAGCGAGAGAAGGAGAAAGAGAAGGAGCAACAGCGCGGGGUGAAAAGACCCAUCGCCCCUCCGGCCAUCCCAGAGCCCCUUCAGGAGCAAAUACAGAGCAAUUUUGUAGUUGUCAUCCACCCUGGUUCGAGGACACUACGCAUUGGCCGAGCAACAGACACUCUUCCCGUGACGGUCCCACAUGUGAUAGCACGCAGACACAAGCAAACUGGACAGCCCAGAUAUGAAGAUGCCUGGCUGUUGAGAGAGGGCCUCAAUAAACCAGAGAGUAAAGAGCAGAGGCAGAAUGGGCUUAAAAUGGUGGACCAGGCCAUCUGGUCCAAGAAGAUGUCAAAUGGAGUGCGGAGGACUCCCGUGUCUGCUGAACAGGCCAGAGCAUAUAAUUGUCAGAUCCGUCCAGCAGUACUAGACAGCAGCUCCAGGGUGAAGUGGACCAACACAGCCCACCAUCCUCCUCAUCUGGUGGGAGAGGAGGCUCUGUAUGUGAACCCAUCCGACUGUUACAACAUCCACUGGCCAAUAGUCAGAGGUCAGCUGAAUCUGCACGCAGGUCCUGGAGGCUCACUCACCGCCGUCCUGGCUGACCUUGAGACGAUUUGGAGUCAUGUCAUUCAAAAGCAUCUUGAGAUCCCCCUCAAAGAUUUAAAGUAUUACAGAUGCAUCCUAUUGGUCUCUGACAUCUACAACAGGCAACAUAUCAAGGAAGUUGUCAACAUGCUGCUACUUAAUAUGGGCUUCUCAGCAAUCAUUGUGCACCAGGAGUCGGUGUGUGCCACAUUUGGCAGUGGGUUGAGCAGUGCUUGUGUCGUGGAUGUAGGAGACCAGAAGACCAGUCUCUGCUGUGUAGAGGACGGAGUGUCCCACCGGAACUCUAGGUUGUGUUUGGCAUACGGUGGCUCGGAUGUGACCCGUACUUUCUUCUGGCUCCUGCAGAGGGCGGGUUUUCCCUAUAGAGACUGUCAGCUGUGCAGCAGACUGGACUGUCAGCUACUGCAAUACCUAAAAGAGACCUUCUGCCAUCUAGACCAAGACAUAUCAGGAUUACAGGAUCAUGAAUUCCAGACACGUUUCCCAGAAACCCCAGCUCUGCUCUACCAGGUUCGACUAGGGGAUGAGAAAUUACAGGCACCCAUGGGUCUUUUCUACCCAACCACAUUUGGCAUCGUAGGUCAAAAGAUGACAUCACUCCAGUACCGUUCCCAAGGUGACUCAGAGGAUCCUCAUGACGAACACUACCUGCUGGCCACACAGAGUAAACAGGACCAGUCCUCCAAAUCUGCUGCAGACCGGAAGGCUACCUCCAGACCGGGUGGAGCUUUGGAUGGUGAGAUGAGCAGUCAGGGAGGGAUUGGAGAGCUUUCGGACCUGCCCCGGGGCUGCGGGAGUGGUGGCGGUGGUGGAGGGAUGCAGGGGGAGAUGGACCUUGGGCCUGCCCAGGGGGAGUGUCUGAUGGGGGCGGGAGAGGUAGAUGAGCCCCUGACUGCUCACCUCUCCAGGAAGACUGCAAUCAUGAGCCAGUUUGAGAGCAAAGCACUGGGCCUGGAUAAGGCCAUCCUGCAUAGCAUCGACUGCUGUGCAUCAGAUGAAACCAAACGAAAGAUGUACAGCUCCAUCCUGGUAGUGGGAGGGGGGCUUAUGUUUCAUGGUGCUCAGGAGUUUCUGCUACACCGCAUUAUCAACAAGAUGCCGCCCUCCUUCAGAAGGCUGGUAGACAAUGUCGAAGUCAUCACACGGCCAAAGGACAUGGACCCUCGCCUGAUAUCGUGGAAGGGAGGAGCAGUGCUGGCGUGUCUGGAUACCACCCAGGAGAUGUGGAUCCACCAGAGGGAGUGGCAACGCUUUGGUGUUCGAAUGCUCCGUGAGAGAGCUGCCUUCGUCUGGUGAAACCAAACUGAUUUUGCUUGGAAGCUAAUUUGGAAGCUCCUUAAAAACACGUGGGGGCACACAGGGUGUUUCUUGUGUAAGAAGAGACAGACAUCGGAUAUGUUCUGGAGUUAAUAGUAAAAAUGGAAAAAGAAGUAAGAAUUUGCUCCAAAAUUAAACAACAAGAAAGAUUUGGCAGCUCAAAAUGAUAAAACUCUUGAUCACAUGAUCAAAUUAAACCUGAAGUGUUUUUCCAGUAGCAAAAGUUAAAAUCAGUGUAACAUCUCUGUGCAUAAUGGGAAAGUACUGUAUACUGAUAGUAUCACUUUGUCAAUUAUAGCACUGCUAAUACCAAAUAAUCUUUAUUUUUAGUAAUGUUAGCGACUUUUUGCAUUAAAAACCUGUUAUGUAAUGUUUGAACAGCGUUUAAGAGGAGGGGGACUUUACUUGUUUAUAUUCGGUAAAUAUUACUGUGAUUCUCCCAUGUUUAUGGAAGUUUCGGCUGUGUAAAUAAACCUGGUAACUUGGAUACACAGAUGUUGCAUUUGAUAUAAACAAAAGUAAUCCACCUUUCUUGGAAUUAGGAACACACUGAAUUUAAACACAAAGAUGCCUCCGGUACUAAACCUCUCU